CGCCACAGGCAAAAAAGGGAAAAUGUUACGUACGCCUCUGCGAACUCGCGCACGCCUUCUAGCGUGAAACACGCGCGUGGUCAUGUUUUGUUUGGUUGUUACUCCGGUCACUAUUGGUAACCGAUAAAAAUAUCAACAUUUUGCUAAUAAAUCAAAUAUUCUCGACUCGGUUCGAGAAUAAAAAUUAUGAAAUUUCCUAAAUACUUGUAAUUACAGUACAAUAUUAUUGUGCCAGUUAGUUCAAAUCUAUUGUUCGCAACCGACAUGAGUAACGACGGUGGCCAUAAUGGGAAGAAGCGACCCACUAGUGCUUCACCGUACUCAGAAAAUUUCAAGGUACCGAUGGAUCUGUGUCAGAAGCAUCUAAUUAACCAUCGGUUGGUGGUAUCCAAACUGAGUCGGAAAGAGCUGGAGGAUAAGUACAUCAAUCUGUGCGAUGAGACGUUCACGGUUAAGAAACGUAAUCAGGAGCAGGAACUGGUCAUCAAGAAGCUAAAGACCAAGCUACUGCGGUUGUCCAGCGAGAGUAGUAAGCACCGAUCGAAGGGGGACAUUUCGAGCAACCAUAGCAACAUUCAAAGCUUGGAAACACAGAGGCGAGAACUGCACGACAAAUUGGAAGCUUUGAGGAGAAGUGACGGGAAGAGUUCCCGAGAAAAGCGAGAAGAUUACAACCAACGGUACCGUAGUGCUCGUCGACCUAAGGAGGAGCAACCAACAACCACGGCUGCAUCGGUGUCAAAUGAUAAUGGCAAUGAACGCUACUUUGGUGCUAAUCGGAGUACGGUGGAUUCUUCUUCCGAAGAUGAUCGUACCUCCUCUAGAAGUAGUGAUCACAAGGGUCCGAAAAGCUGUCGAAAUUGUGAGAAGCUAAAAGAGGAAAAAAUUGCCAACGAGGCGGAAUAUGUUAAAAUGAAAAUUGAUAUGAAAUUUUUGAAUAAGGAAAUACAAAACGAGAAGGAAAAAGCUGCGCUCAUUGAGCGUCAACUGGAAGAGAAGUUGUCCUAUGAAAUUAUGCGGCAGAAUGCAGAGGAGAACAUGGAGAUGAUCAACUUAACCCGUCAGUUGAAUGACAUGCAGCGAAAGAUGCAGAAUCAACAGGAAGCGGAAAAACGUGCACUAGACGCUGAACUAGCCAAGCAAACUGAACUCGAACAAAAAAUAAGGAGUGAGAAGGAUAAAAACACUCAUCUGUUUGAUGAAUGUGAGAGGCUGAAGAAAAACAUUGAAAAAUUAAGAGAGCACAUGUCAGAAGUUGAGAUUGAACGAGACUAUCUCAAGCGUCAGCAGGAAAGUUACACUAAGAUAGUUGACGAAAAUAAACUAUUGCGGUACCAGCUGGAAGAAUUGCGUAGGAAAAACGAGGAGCUUGCUAUUCAGAUCCAGACCUUGCAGGAAGAAGAGGCAGUUGCGAAGAACGCCCAAAAGACUUUGCUGGAGAAAUUGAAGUCACUACAGUUGGAUAACGACGCGCUUUCCAUUAUGUUGGAAGGAUUACGUACCGAGAAUGAAGUUUUGGCAGAAGAGAAAACGUUACUAGAGAAAAAUCUGAAUCGUUUGGAAGAUUCCCCUGUAAAAGAUGAUGGCUCCUCACCGCUGCAACGCAUUGAAAUUGGCAUCCAAACUCAACUCGUAAAAAAUGAAGAACAUGUUCAAACUCAAACUCAGCUCGAUGAUAAUAAUGAAAAUGUUGUCUCUCCGGUAUCUCAAAUUCCUAUCCGUCAUUUAACAAAAGCUCAUAUUAAGGAAACUACCGAAUCACCACCAAAGAUUCGAGAAAAUGAAUCCGACUGGGAUCAUCGGCGAAUGUCUGUGAAACGUGUUGGCAUCAACAUCAGGGAGAAGACUCAAUUGCUGGAGCAGAAUGCUAGAAGUUCGGAGCCGAGCUGUGGGAAUGCUGCCCUUCUGGUGUCCAACGCGACCAGCAUGAUAGCGACAAAACUGAGAGAAAAGUUCAAAUCAUACGACAUUCAGUCGAAUCCCUAUACACCAGCGAGGCCAUCGCUCAUAUCUACCGCUUCAAUAACAUCGUCAGAUCGGAGGAGAAUAUCUUUUCAAAGGGCAGAAUACGCGGCCACUGAAAAUGCAUCGGGCACAUCGGACCUCACAGAACCCCCCAACGGGAACGAGAUGCGCAAAAAUUACGCGGGACUGUUUGGCCACUCUCCAGAGAUGCAACAGCGAAUACGCGCAUACUCCAAGGUAAUGGAACAAAAGCACUCGGAGCAAAUAGCCAUCGAGAUCCUUACGAUCCGGUGGGAGAAAAAGGCACUGGACAAACUGUUUACCCUGAACGUACGGGACAUUUACGUCGAGCUUGUUGGAUUUCUCGAUAUGAGGGGCUACCAAGUGGAGACCAAACUGGUCUCGAUAUCGACGAAUGAGUCGCUUGAACUAGCUUUCAACUAUAGCUUUGUGGUUGAUCUUGACGAAAAGAAGCACCCCAAACGACGGGAAUUACUGCGAAAGAUGCUGCAACCGAGUGAAGACGAUACACUGAAGUUUAUCGUGGUACAUGAGAAACAAACUGACUGCGCGGAAAUCGGGUAUGCUAAAGUUAAACUGAGACAUGAAAUACAAGAACCCAAGGUCGAAAAUAUCAAAACGAUUGAUGCACCGAUUUUCUCCAUAACGGAUCCGGGAGAAGAAAUUGGAACAUUGCAAAUUGUCGUGAAGGGUAUUAGUUUGUUGAAGAUGAAGUUUUGGGCAUAGUCCAUUAUAGUUUAUGCCAAAUUCACAUGUGCCAACACAAUGAAAGUCUACGCCAUCUGAUGACAGCAUUGGAACCAAUCAAUGAAAUUAAACUACUGAUUGCUGGCAUCCAAGUGAAUUGCUAGAUACUGAGGGUGCUUUUGACUAUGUGUCCUUCCAGUCUACGUUGGAUAAACGCAAUGCUUAGUAACCGCAUUAUUUGCUCAUCACUGAGACAUGCAGAGAUAAGAAAGUUGAGUACGAGU